AUGAGUGUAGCAGAGUAUGAGACCAACUUCACUAAAUUAGCCCGAUAUGCCCCUGACCUGAUAGCCACUGAGCAGAGACGCAUUCGAAGAUUUGUGCAAGGGCUCAAUGUGGAGAUUCAAGAGGGGCUAGCCACUGCUCAAAUUAACACGUAUAGUGAUGCCGUAGAGAAAGCUCAGAGGUUUGAGACGGCUAGAGCCCAGUCUAGGUCAUUCUUUGCUAGGAAAAGGAAUGCCCCUAGUGGUAGCAGGGACCCAAUUUCUACAAGUGCCCCACCGCCUAAGAUGGGUAGAGGAACUGGGGUAGUGAAUAACCCUAGUGCAUCGAGAGGUGCUUUAACAAAGGGUGCUGGAGCUAGAGGCUUUGGGGCGAGGGGAUCUGGAGUGAGAGGAGGGUUAAAUGGAAGGGGACCCCCUAGGAGUGCUCCACAAGGUGUACAAGUGUCAACCCCUCAGAUAACCUGUGGUUACUGUGGAAAAGCCAAUCAUAUUGCAAAUGAGUGUUGGAGAAAGGAGGGCAAGUGCCUCAGGUGUGGGAGUGCUGAGCACCAAAUUGCUAAUUGUCCUAAGAUUUCCGAGAAUGGGGGAAGCCAAGGAGGUGCCACAAGUUCUAGGCAAACUGCUUCUGGAGGGAGUCGGCCAAAGGUCCCGACCAGGGUUUAUGCCCUAGAUAGUCAACCUGUACCUGACCCUUCGGAGGUAGUCGAAGGUACACUUCCAAUCUUUCAUCGAUUAGCUAAGGUUUUAAUUGAUCCCGGUGCGACUCAUUCGUUUGUUAAUCCUGCUUUUAUGUGUGGAAUUGAUGUAAAGCCUGUACGAUUACCCUAUGAUUUGGAAGUUAGGACUCCUACGGGUAAUAAGAGCAUGCUCACUAGUUUAGUGUAUAAGGAGUGUGAAUUUUGGGUUGGAGAGCGAAAAAUGUUAGUUAACUUGGUGAGUUUGGACCUUAAGGGGUAUGAUGUAAUUAUAGGAAUGGACUUUUUGUCUUACCACCAUGCUAAGCUAGAUUGUAGAGCUAAAGUGGUGGAAUUUUGCAUCCCAGGUGAGACAACUCUCAAGCUAGAUAUAAGGGGUAGAUUAGCUUCGUCUGCUUUGAUUUCAGGGAUUCGAGCUAGGAAAAUGCUUCACAAGGGAGAGCCCAGGGUUUCUUAA